AGUACUGUAUGUAUUAUUUUACUGGUGGAUGGAAACCCAUUCGGUCACGUGAAUCCGGGGCGGGAAAGUUCAACGAACCAGGACCAGCCUCUCCACUAUAUAAGCCGCGAGCCCGGCCCGAUCACACCAUUCGACUCGACGCCCUCGGUUCACACACACUGAUCAGCUCAGCUACAGCCUACAGAGUACAGACCCAACCCAACUCCGGGAGACAACAGAGCAGAGCACGGCGAGAAUGCUGCUGAACCCGGCCUCGGAGGCGCUGGUGCUCGACAGCAUCAGGCAGCACCUCAUGGAGGACACGGCGGCGCCGGCGCCGGAGGCGAGGAGGCAGCGGCCGGCCUACUGCCGCAGCGCCAGCUUCGGGAGCCUGGUGGCCGACCAGUGGAGCGAGUCGCUCCCGUUCCGCGCCGACGACUCCGACGACAUGGUCGUCUACGGCGCGCUCCGCGACGCCUUCUCCUGCGGCUGGCUCCCCGACGGCUCCUUCGCCGCCGUCAAGCCGGAGCCCCUCCUGCCUUCCCCGGACUCCUGCUACGUCGGCUUCCUCGAGCCGGAGACGCCUCCGGCCACGUCCCCGGGAGAGAGCGAGGAGGAGGCCGCCGCGGCGUUCAUGGGCGAGGCGGCCGCGGCCGCGGCGAGGGGGAAGCACUACCGCGGGGUGAGGCAGCGGCCGUGGGGCAAGUUCGCGGCGGAGAUCCGGGACCCGGCCAAGAACGGCGCGCGCGUGUGGCUCGGCACCUACGACACCGCCGAGGACGCCGCCGUGGCCUACGACCGCGCCGCGUACCGCAUGCGCGGCUCCCGCGCCCUCCUCAACUUCCCGCUCCGCAUCGGCUCCGAGAUCGCCGCCGCGCACGCCGCGGCCGCGGCCGCCGGGGACAAGCGGCCUUCCCCCGAGCCGGCGACCUCAGACUCGUCGUCGUCCUCCUCCUCCUCCGGGUCCCCGAAAAGAAGGAAGAGGGGCGAGGCCGCGGCCGCGUCCAUGGCCAUGGCGCUGGUGCCGCCGCCCUCGCAGCUGAGCCGGCCGGCCCAGGCGUGGUACCCCGCGGCGCCGGUGGAGCAGGUGGCCAUGGCGCCGCGCGCGCAGCAGCUGGUCAGCUAGGCCCCGCUCGCCAGCCCCCGGGCGCACGAUCGGUCGUAAAAGCACACAAUGCGCAAGUGCAAUGGAUUCGCCAGCAAGUGCAUGGACGCGACAGCAACAGGAGCCCGCCUUUCACUGGUGCACGGUGCAAGGUGGUGAUGGCAAUGGAGAGCGAUGGCGAGCGAGCGAGCGAGCAAUCAGGCAAAGCAACCUUGGCGACGGCUCCAUUUGGAUAUUUGGAUGGGUCGAGCCGUCGACAACGGAAGAUAAGCUCGGAGCAACUGGGUGCUGCAAUUUGGCCUGGAAUGAUAGUUCCU